AUGGUACAACUGCCAUCAUCACAGUCUGAACCCAGCCAGCAAAUGCCUGAUGCCAUAUCCAAACUGAAAACCGAUUAUGAGGAUCUAACGAAAAAACUGAUACAAGCUAAGGAGAGCCUACUGUCUUUAGACAACAAACAGUCAACACAUUCUCCCACCAAAGAUAUAAAACCACCAAAGAACCCCACCAGCACAACCAUUGCUAAUAAUAAUACAGGGAUAAGCCCUCAACAAUUGUUUGAAUUGGUGUCUCGAAAUUACGAAAACUGGCAACAAGCCAUGGUGAAAAGGUUUGAAAACGACGAAAAUGAUGAUGAUAAUUUUUCUCCAUUUCCUAACCAUGAUAACCAGAUCAAGGCCAAUCUAAAUUUAAUAUUAAACCAAACCUCCCCAAUCGAGAAAAACUCUAAUCCAAUUUUCAACUAUAAUUUAUUAGAAGCAUUAGAUGAAGUGUCGAAUGAUAUGACUGACCAACUACGAGAAUCAACUUCAGCUAGUCUAAAGGAUAAUAUUGGCACCGUCAAUGGCACAACUGAUAAAAGUGGUAUUAAAACCGAGGUGAAAAAUAAACGAAAAUUGUUUGCUACUACAACACAUACAUUAUUGAAUGAAAAAGAGAUUGAUUUUCUUCGACAUAAAAUCACCCAAAUAAUUCAACAUGGUGAGCAAACCAAAACGACACAAGGGUUUUCAUUGUAUGACACUAAGGAUGAAGAAGGAUUACAUGCUGGCAAUUCUGACAUGUGUCCAUGUUGUAGUGAUUGCAAGGAAUAUGAGUUUGAAUACGAUGGUGAUGAUUACGAUUAUGAUCAAGGCGAUUACGAUUUAGAGGAAAUUACUCGGGAUGACGACGAUAAAAAAGGCUAUAGUCGUGGGUUCUCUUAUACGAUUCCACCAACGCAUCAUAUUGAAGUCGAACUAAAUGCUGUACCUGAAUGUGAUAUUCAUGGGAGUGAAGAUUAUUGUGAUUGUCCUAUAUUUGAUGCUUGCAUUGAGCGAGGGAACGGUAGUAAUAGUAGCAACAGCAGAGUGAAUGUGAGGAAAGGAGCACGAACAGGAGACUAUGAUGAAGAUGAAAGUGAUGGUCCAUCUUGUGAAUUUAUGUUUGAAUAUGAUCAUACAGGAAAAUUGAUACCGACUUACAAUAAUGUUGCUGAAAAGUUGCGAGAAAUGGAACUAAAUGGUGACAAAUUUAUAGAAAGGGCACAUGAGCAGACCAAGACCAAGAAGAAGGGAAAGAAAAGCAAGCACAAAAAUAAAAAGUUGCAUGCUCUGAAGGACGAUAAGAAAAGUAAAAACAAGCCACUCAAGGAGGAAGGAAUACUAUCAUCAAAGGAAGAUGAAGAAGUUUCAACAAUAAUGCCUAUUUCAAGAAACAUCGAUUUGGAAAUAGUUAGAGAAAUUAAAAUACCUCAUGAUCCAAGUAGCAACCAACCAACUACAACCCCUAAAGAUUAUUUUGGAUUGAUUCCUAGUAUUAGCAAUGAGUGUUGUUUGAUGUGUCAGUACCAGGCAGUAUUCGGAGCUGAACCAAGGCAAAUGAGGAAAUGGUAUGAUCAGCGAGUCCGCGCUGAAGAAAAGCGAAGACGAGAUUUCAAAAAGAAGUUGCAAAAUGCAAAGCUGAAAGUUUUAAGACGACAAAAGGAUUGGCGACAGAAGGACCCAAUCCCAGAACAACAGCAAAAACAGAAACAACAACAAAACGUUGUUAAUGGCCAAGAGUCAGAUUGUAGAGAAACACUUGAAAAUAGAAUAGAUGAAGUUGAUUAA